UGCAAACUGUACUGUACCUGCUCUUUUCUUUCCAGCCAAUUUCCAUUUCAUUGCUGGCGUUUCUCUAGCAUGCCAUUGCCAUUUGCCAGCGAGCCAGCCAGCCAGCCCAGCAACAAAAACAACUAUUUUUCCUCACCUUUAUUCUCUGAUUCUCUCUGUUUAUCCCCAGUUCUUGGACGCCUCAAUUUUCUUGAAACUCUAGACAACCAUAGAAUUUAGGGCUCGCAAGUCACAAACUACCCUAACCUCCCACUUCAUUGUGAGAGAAGAUUCCAAAAAAAAAAAAAAGAGAAAGAAAGAAAGAAAAGGGUUGGACUGUUUCAGGCCAAAAUGUACUUGGGUUCUUGAUUUUCUGCUGCAAGGUUAAGCAUUAAAAAAUAACAAAGAUGCUUCUUUUCAGUCAAGAUUGUGAUCUCGUUCUUUUUCUUAUAAUUGAGGACCACUUACAUUGAUGGGCAUCAGUGUGUAUGCAGCACAGAAGCAGAGAUCAAGCUGUUUUAGAAUUGGAUCCAGCAAUUAUAAUGCUGGGGUUAUGCUGGGAGCAUGAAAAGAUUAGGUACAUGUUUUCAUUGCCUUGCUCUUUUUAGCUCCUUAUGUUUGCUAGAGCUUGUGACUGUUUCCUCAGUGACUGAAAAAGAAAUCUUGCUUCAAUUCAAGAGUAGCAUUUCUAGUGACCCGUUUAAUAGUUUGAGCUCUUGGGAUCCAAGUGGAAGCCCUUGUCAAGAUUACAAAGGUGUGUUUUGUAAUCCUGCUGGAAAUGUGGUGAAGAUUGUGCUGUGGAAUACUAGUCUUGGUGGUAAUCUGUCUCCAGCAUUAGCAGGAUUAAAAUCUUUGAGAAUUCUUACUUUCUUUGGGAAUAAAUUUGCUGGCAACAUACCUUCUGAAUAUGGUCAAAUUGAUACCCUUUGGAAGAUUAAUCUUAGCUCUAAUGCUUUAUCCGGCUCUAUCCCAGAAUUUCUUGGGGAUUUAUCCAAUAUAAGAUUUCUUGAUCUGUCGAAAAAUGGGUACAGUGGAGAUAUUCCUUCAGCUCUGUUCAAGAAUUGUUACAGAACCAGGUUCGUUUCUUUUUCGCAUAAUAAUCUUUCAGGAGCAAUACCAGUAUCAAUUGGGAACUGCUUAAGUCUGGAGGGGUUAGAUUUUUCUUAUAACAGUCUGAGUGGUGGAUUGCCUUCAGAAAUUUGUAGUAUUCCAGGAUUAGCGUACUUAUCUUUGAGGGGCAAUGUGCUAUCAGGAAGUGUUCAAGAGCAGGUUUCUGCAUGUGGAAGCUUGGAGGUUUUGGACAUCGGUAGCAAUUUGUUUACUGGUCUGGCCCCUUUUGGAGCUCUUGCACUUGCAAACAUCACAAACUUCAACGUUUCCAGUAAUGAAUUUCAAGGGGAACUCCCUGAGAUUGAAUCUUGCAGUGAGAGAUUCGAGUUUCUUGAUGUUUCAGGAAAUAAUUUGGAUGGAAAAAUUCCAUUAAGCAUUACAAAAUGCAGUGCUCUAAAGUACUUGGAUUUGGGGUUCAACAGACUUACUGGAAGCAUACCAGUUGAGAUUGCCAAUUUGAAGAGACUUUUGGUAAUUAGGUUAGCUAAUAAUUCAAUUGACGGGACCAUUCCAAAAGAAUUUGGGAGUAUUGAAUGGCUCCAAGCUCUGGAUCUGCAUAAUCUGGGCAUCAGUGGUGAGAUACCAGAUGAGAUAACCAACUGCAGAUUUCUUCGUGAGCUGGAUGUUUCUGGAAACUCGUUACGGGGCAGCAUACCGCAAAACCUCUACAACAUGUCAUACCUUGUAAUUCUUGACCUACGUAGCAACCAGCUUAAUGGGAGCAUACCAUCCACACUUGGAAAUUUGUCUAACUUACAUUCUUUAGAUUUGUCACAUAAUAUUUUAUCAGGACAAAUCCCUUCUAGUCUGGGAAAUUUGAAAAAUUUGACUCACUUCAAUGUCUCUUAUAAUAACCUUUCUGGGGCUAUUCCUUUGGUACAAAGCAUCCAAGGAUUUGGACCUUCAGCCUUUUCAAAUAAUCCAGGCCUCUGUGGUGCUCCAUUGGAGACAUCAUGUGCACCCAAUGGCACCAAAACUGAAACAGGAAAGCCAAAGUUGAGCCCUUCAGCCAUUGUUGCUAUUGUUGCAGCUGCUGUGAUCCUCACAGGUGUCUGUGUGAUAACAGUGAUGAACAUCAAGACUCGCAGGGGGAGACGAGAAGAUGAAGCAGUGGUUGUAGCAGAAAGCACUCCACUGGCAUCAACAGAUUCAAAUGUCAUAAUCGGGAAGUUGGUUCUGUUCAGCAAGGCUUUGCCCUCAAAGUAUGAAGAUUGGGAGGCUGGUACUAAAGCAUUGCUGGAUAAGGAGUGUCUAAUUGGUGGGGGUUCCAUUGGAACAGUGUACAAAACUACUUUUGAGGGUGAGAUCUCUAUUGCUGUGAAGAAGCUUGAGACCUUGGGAAGAAUCAGAAACCAAGAUGAGUUUGAGCAAGAAAUUGGAAGAUUGGGAAAUCUUCGACACCCAAAUCUUGUUGCUUUCCAAGGUUACUAUUGGUCCUCCAGUAUGCAGUUAAUUUUAUCUGAAUUUGUUCCAAAUGGAAAUCUGUAUGAUAAUUUACAUGGGCUUAGUUAUCCUGGAACCAGCACCGGUGCUGGUAAUCCUGAAUUAAACUGGUCAAGGAGGUUUCAGAUAGCCUUGGGUACUGCCAGAGCCCUAGCCUACCUUCAUCAUGACUGCAGACCUCCUGUUCUUCAUCUCAAUGUCAAGUCCACUAACAUUCUCCUUGACGACAACUAUGAAGCUAAAUUGUCCGACUAUGGUUUGGGGAAGUUACUUCCUCUGCUGGACAAUUUUGGGCUAACCAAUUUUCACAAUGCAGUUGGUUAUGUUGCACCUGAGUUAGCUCAAAGUCUCAGACUAAGUGAUAAAUGUGAUGUUUACAGUUUUGGCGUAAUUAUGUUAGAAUUAGUUACUGGAAAGAAACCUGUGGAAAGCCCGGCAGCAACUGAGGUGGUGAUUUUGUGUGAAUAUGUUAGGGAUUUGAUAGAAAGGGGUACUGCUUCAGACUGUUUCGAUAGAAGUUUGCGUGGUUUUGCAGAAAACGAGCUGAUUCAGGUUAUGAGAUUGGGAUUAAUUUGUACUUCUGAAGUGCCUACCAGGAGGCCAAGCAUGGCUGAGGUAGUUCAGUUUCUUGAGUCCAUCAGAAAUGGUUUAGGCUUAUAGCAAGUCAACAGAAAGAACUGUUGGACAACCAUGGCAUUCAGAGUACAUGUGGGGUGAUUAGGAGUUUAACUUUUUCAGUAUAAAGAUACAAAAGAUUCUUUUGUAUUCAUUUUGUGAUUCAUCAUCAUCAAUUGUUCCCUGUAAUUCUGCAAUAAAUUCAUUCGUUUUUUUAUCA